GCGGCGGCGGCGGCGGCCGAGGGGGCGGUGCGCUAGCUCAGUCAGUGCGAGGAGCGGGCAACGGCCACGGCGGCGGCUGCUGGGGCGUCCCACGGAGCCAUCCCCAUCCCCAUCUCCACGCGCGGGAGCCGGCGGGGCGCGCGAGAAACAAAGAGAAGCCCCGGGGCAGGGACAGGGGCCGACCUGGGAGCGCCCGCAGCGGCCGGAGGCACAGCGGGAGCCCGACUCCGGGCUCGGAGCUCCGGCAGGCAGCCCGUCGGCGCGCGGGCGCCAGGCUCGUCCCCUCCGCUGCUCCGCUGCCGCCCCUGACGGGCCCGCCCCGGGGCGAGAAGAUGCCGCGAGUCGUCCCGGACCAGAAGAGCAAGUUCGAGAACGAGGAGUUCUUCAGGAAGUUGAGCCGCGAGUGCGAGAUUAAAUACACCGGCUUCAGGGACCGGCCGCACGAGGAGAGGCAGGCGAGGUUCCAAAAUGCCUGCAGAGACGGGCGCUCGGAAAUCGCUUUUGUGGCCACAGGAACCAAUCUGUCUCUCCAGUUUUUUCCGGCCAGCUGGCAGGGAGAGCAGCGACAAACACCUAGCCGGGAAUAUGUCGACUUGGAAAGAGAAGCAGGCAAGGUAUAUUUAAAGGCUCCAAUGAUUCUAAAUGGUGUUUGUGUCAUCUGGAAAGGCUGGAUUGAUCUACAGAGACUGGAUGGCAUGGGUUGCUUGGAAUUUGAUGAAGAACGAGCCCAGCAGGAGGAUGCCUUGGCCCAGCAGGCCUUUGAAGAGGCUCGGAGAAGGACACGUGAAUUUGAAGACAGAGACCGGUCUCAUAGGGAGGAAAUGGAGGCAAGAAGACAACAAGACCCUAGUCCUGGUUCCAAUUUAGGUAGUGGUGAUGAUCUCAAACUACGUUAAUUAGCAACAACGCAGAGUGCCCAUCCCAUCUUGACAUAUAUAUUGCUUCAACUUAGCAGAGAUAAUUGAAUAAAAGACCAGAAACUGUGAUAACUGGAUAUACUAUGGUCUGUUUCCUGACCUUAAGCAGUCCACAGGCAUGAACUGCCAUGGUUUGCACUAUGUUCAUGUUAUAAUACCUGCAUUUCUCCUUUUAGGCAUGUAGCUAGUGAUAGUUUGAAAUAUUGUUUUACUAUGCAAGCUUAAUUUUUUUGUCAUUACUUUAGUAAAAUUAAAAUUUGUCCAACUGUAAAACUAUUUUCUCCUAUCAAUUCUAAUUAAGGAGUUAAUAUCAUUAUAAAAAUAGGUCAGUUGAAUUUUUCUACACAUUUUUAAUUUUUUAUGGACUUUUAGAAAUUUUGGUUAUUGCUUCAUUUUAGAUAUGCAUUCUUAAAUUUUUUGCCAUUUUUUUUCUUUUCUAAGUGUAAAAUAUCAGCAAAGUGAUAUUUUUCACAUUGUUUUUACGUUAUUUACAAGCCAAACCUAGUAGCACAGAGCUGUCUACCACAACUUUCUAACAUAAGUUUCCAGUUGUUAAAGUUACAGUAUCCUUUUAUAUGCUAACAAUUGGUUUUCUUUCCUCCUUUCCUAAAUGUUUUUAAAAUUUGAUAGUUAUACAUUCUGUCCCAGAUCUAUUUUUAGAUUUUUUUUCUGUAUUGAAUGAGUUUAAGUUGUGGUUUAUUUCUUUAAAAUAUUCUACUAAAGCUCCUAAGAAGUCACAGGUUGGCUUCUGUUUUAUUCAGGGAUUUUAAAAAGUUAUUCAAAAAAGGGGAUACUGUAGCGUCUUCACAGACUUAGCAGCCGGUCAUACUGGAGACGAUGAAGAAGCAGCUACAAAGGUGAUUAUUGAAUUUUAAAAGGAAAAAAAAAAGCAUGUUUCACAUAUCUACUUUAUCUGUAUUAUGUGCCUUUUUUGUUGUUUCUGGGGAAAAAAAAUCCGGGUGAUGAAAGGACAGGCUUGUGCAGGAAAUGUUAAUCCUAUGCAGUUGAGCAGUCUAUUAUAUUCUAUGAGCUAUUCUAAGGGGAAAAAAGAAAUGGUUAAUCUUGAUGGUAUUUUCCAACAAGAUUCAUAGAAAUUAUUCAAGAAGAAUUCGUGUAAGGAUAUUUUUUUAAAAUAGGCUUCCUACCAAAAUGGUAUCGUCAUUCUGUGUUUGAAAUAAAACUGGGGAAAGUAUUGUCAUUUGACACCAAUUUCCUGGAUUUUUUUCAUAGCCAUAUUGUCAUCCAUUUAUGAACUUCCAAAAAUGUAUUUAGUUAUAAUAAAGUAAUGGAUUAUGUUAUGUAUUUCAAGGGGGGAAAUCCCCAACGGUUUCAUCUCCAGUUCAGUAAAUGAACUGAAGUUUCACUGAGGUAAUUAUAUUGAAAUUGUGUAUAAUGUAUUUGAUUGUGGAGAAAGAAAUAAUGUUCAGUAUGACUAUAGAUAGGACAGAUAAUAUCCUGUAUCUCAAAAUAAAAUUGUUGAUAUAUAUUUGAAGUCAUGCAUGAUAAGAAGUGUGUUCAAAAGAUCAUAAAUAUUAAUACAUGAGCAAAGAUCAUGUUGAUCUUUUCUAUAAUUAAGUAUUUUGAAUGCAUUAUUCUUACCUUGGUUAGUAUUUGGCAUUCUCUGACUCCCAUGUUUACACACACACACACACACACACACACACACACACAAAACACUGCUCAUAUAACCCUUAAGGAAAUAACCUUUUGAGGAGUUCUUAAAAUAAUAUAUUAAGAUCUCCACUGUAUAAAAUCCUUACUGAUUCUUACUUCUGCACUUGUAUUUUGAUUGGGAUAGUCUGAUGAUAUUAAUGUAGCACUUGGAGCAAAGGGUUUUGGCAUAUCACUAAAUAAAAGUAGAUUCAAUCACAUGUUGACAUCACUAUCUUUCUGUAAAUAUUGAAUUUCUCCUAUCACCAUUUAGCAUUGUGUUGCUUAUUAUAUAUCUUAAUGCUGGCAUUAAGAUCAUGAGCCCUUAUCUUCCAAUAGUGCAGACUUUUUAAAGUGGUACCCCUUUUUUAAGUUAUUGAUGCAAUUUUAUAUUUUUCAUAAUCUCUAUUUAAAUGAAAGUUGCAUCAUCUUUCUUGAACUCAUCUCUUUUAAAGACUUGCCUUAAGCUUCCAAAUUGCUUUUGCCACCAUUAGUCAUAUGUAUUGUCUUAUGUUUCAUUUGCUUUCAUAAUAAACUAUGUAGUGAAAACAA